AUGUCUGCUUCGUCUCACUUACUUGGAGUUUCGACCAAAGAGAUCGACGAUGGACACCACUGGCACGCACUAGAGUUGAGAAUUCUCGCUUUCCUCUCGGCCUGCUAUAUCAUGUGGACGCACAGUGAAUUAUCCUUCACUCAGACGCCUACGGUGAACAAGGAUCAGGAGGCGCCACAAAACCUAAACCCAACCCCGUCCACAUCCGCCAACAGGUCUUCCUCCCCUCGAGCAUUCGACAACAAGGACAUGCGGAAGGGAUCGAUUUCAUCAAACGUCAAAGCCGAUUCUGGUUAUAUCUGGAUGUCUGUUCCAAAGAACUACAGGGAUUGCGGCGACGACGGGAUAGCGACAGGACUACUUUUAGGACCCCUUAUCGCCACGUCAGUUCUCAUAUCGUCCAUUCAUACCAGAAGCACAUCCGCAGAACCUCUACCAAAAGACUGGCUGAUUGAACCUCCGCGCGUUUUGCCUGGUCUUUCCUCUGCUAUGGAUGCAUUAGUGCUCUCCAGGCACAGUUUGGUCAAUCUGAGCACAUUUUGCGCAACGAUCCUCCUGAUCCACGUAUGUGCAUCUUGGUGGUUGGAAGGGCUCUAUACCAAGGGCACGAAUAAGCCAGAAGGGGAGAGGGCUUCAGUCCCACGUAGCGAAGGCAGACGGUUCUGGUACUACGCACUUUUUACAGUAACCGUUAGCCUUCUCAUGGUCGUCCUCAAGAUCACCUUUAGCCAGUCUGGCAUUGGUAUAUGGAAAGAUCUUUCCACAUUCGAGGCGGCGAUAACUGCCCCUUUCUAUAGCUUGACGCUGUACGCGGGUCUACGAUUAGCGCAUCGGGGAUUUACCGUCGGCGAACUUGGAUUAGUAUGCCUCGGAGGAACCGCGGUUUGUUUGGAGUUUCUUAAUCUCACCAAAGCGAGGAUUUGGCCUAUCACGACUCGCUAUAUCCGAACAUACCGACUCCCUACACCACUGCUCAUUUUCCAGAUCGCCUUGAUUGUCGGGUCCUUACUGACAGGAUUCCUUUUAUCCCCUUUCCUCGUCCUCUCACGAAACAACGCACAGCGCCCGGCCCAUCGAAUCCGCUCGCCUGAACAAAAGUUGAGGAAUCGACGUUAUUAUGCCCUUGGAUUUUAUGUGGGGUCAGUCUUGAUCAUCGUGGGUUUGAUAGGCCUAUGGACGCGGUGGCUACUGGGAAACCGAGAUCCGUGGCUGUGGACGAUGUUUUACCUCCUCGAAGGCCGAAACAAAUGGAGUCGACCCGUGUUGUUGGGGUAUUGGGCACUCCUUGGAUCCAUAAGCGUGGCAGGAUGGGGUCGUCAGCUUUCAAGGUCUCGCAAAUAUAGGCUGAGAAGUCAGGAACAAUCCAUGUCAGUCCAGGCAUACGACGUCCCUAUGGGUUCCAGCCUCACCUCCAGUCCCGAACACCCUAAUUCAAGUCACUCUUCGGCUUCUCCAAUCGGUGGCUCCAUGUCUUUUGCGACCCUUGGAAACAUUGGUAUGCCCAGUUUACCCAACCUACCAAAUGGGUCGAAUGUUUCCAAUGUUGCAAGCGAAUUGCUGGAUGCAGCCGACAAGCGGGUUCCUACGCUCAGCCUUAACGCACGCAGAAAGUAUUUCCACGGACUAGCUGUUCUAAUGUUCGUCCCAGGUGUCGCAUUUGACCCGGCAUUCACCCAUCUCGCAUUCAGCGCAGCAUUCGCUUUGUUCACCUUUACGGAGUACAUCCGAUAUUUUGCGGUAUACCCUUUCGGAGCAGCCAUCCACCUCUUCAUGAACGACUUCUUGGAUCAUCGCGACGGUGGAACAGCGAUCUUGAGUCACUUUUACCUCCUGACAGGUUGCUCAGGCUCCUUGUGGUUAGAAGACCCAUCAAAAUUGAGGCAAGUGACGGGUAUCUUGACGCUGGGAGUUGGGGACGCAGCGGCCUCGAUCGUCGGACGAAGGAUUGGGCUGAGAAGAUGGUCCCCGACGACAGGCAAGACCGUGGAAGGUAGUUUGGCUUUUGUUGGUUCUAUUUUCGCGACAGCAUGGUUCCUUCGUCUUUUGGGUUUCGUGGAGACAUUCCCGUCGUUGCGUUACCUCCUGACGUUGAUGUGCGCAGCUUUGCUGGAAGCUCUAUCGGAUCAGAACGACAACCUGACGCUCCCAUUAUAUACGUGGAGCAUGCUCGUGGUGAUUGGAAGCAAAAGAAUACUGUAGAAUAGAGGUUAAUGUAAACACGAGAAGCUUGAUAAUUUAGGGCAACCUGGUGUAUGA